AUGCUCGACCGACAGGAGAGCGACCACGGGUACGGCGCGCUCGUGACGGCGGUGGCGCGCGGCGACGAGACGACGGCGAAAAAAGUGCUCUCGAUGGGUGCGGACGCGCGGAGCGAGGAUCACGAGGGGCACACGCCGAUGGAUAUGGCGGCGGUGUCGGGGAAGGUGAGCAUGGUGAAAUUGUUGCGCGAACACGGGGUGGACGCGGGGGCGCGAGCGCGAGACGGAUUUACGGCGCUGCAGCGCGCGACGUGGGGACAGACGGACGCGCACGCGGAGGUCGUGCGGUAUCUCGUGCGCGAGUGCGGGAUGGACGUGGAUGAAACGGACGCCAUGGGGAUGAGCGCGACGUUCAGGGCGGUGGAUCGCGAGAAUACGUUCAUGCUGAAGAUAUUGUUAGAGCUCGGGGCGGAUCCAAACUUUGCGAACAAGCGCGGCGACUCGUUGCUCGCCACGGCGGUUCGUAAGCAAAACGCCGAACUAGUGUCGAUGCUCUUGGAGGCGAACGCGGACGUCACGAAAGGAGAUUCGAAAGGGCGAAACUUGCGCAAGCUCGCCAAGCAGCUUCGAUCGAAAAAGGUGCUAAAUUUAAUCUCCGAGGCGUACGCCUCGGCGAUGGGUUCCGCCGAGUUGUAA